UUUAUUUGAACUCUGAAGAUAGUCGUAACCACCUUUGAUUCUCCACCAACGAAGGGGAGAUUGCUGGAGUGUAUGCAGAACACACUCCAUGAGCUGAGCUGACAAAGAAAGACCUCUUACAGUUAUUUGAUGAAGUGAUGACUGGCUUCUGCUUGGCCUAAGGUGGGGAUCAAAUGUGCUUUGGGGUCACUCCUGACUUGGCAACAUCAGGGAUGAUCAUUGGCAUGUUUGGAAUCUUCUUGACAGAAGGUUCUGCGGAUGCCAAGAAGAGUUGCUAUUCCGGCGUUUUUUUAGGUUACGCCAAGGUAUAGUACUACUAGAAGAAGGAUCUUUGUCUGGCACCUUCUCGUAUCAAGCCGACUGAGAAAGUUCUUCAACGGAUGCAGCAGGUUAUGAGAUAUGCAGAAGCGCCAUGAUGCCACCUUACUUGCUGGCCUGUAUAUGAUUUCGCUGGUUUAGCUGUCCUUGCAGCACGCAGCAUCUCCUGUGCUGCAUGUUGCCUGGCUGCCCACUGGCCACUCAAUGGAUGCUCCCUGAUAAAUACUCCCUCUGUAAAGAACUUGGUCUAAAGCACAUGCAGGACUUGGUCUGAGAGAAUCAAUCCACAGAAUCAUCGGCUCUGUUACGGCACACCGUGAAAAUGACCCCGAUGAAUCUGCCAUUGGUGCCUGGGCUCUGCAAGUCAACAGCCCGUGGAGUGGAGGAGAUUAUCCGGAUACAUUGGGGCCGCACCAGCCAAUCCGGAGCUUUUCUGUUAGACAAGAUACGCUCCGCUGUCAAAGAGGGAGAAGGCGUGAAACAAACCAACAAACUAGUGCCACUACUUCUCUGCUGCGAUUUGCGAGCGAAUCGCGGCUAGCAGGAGUUGGAAAGUGGUGGCCGGACCCAUGGCGACGCCCUGCCGCCUCCGCCUCCGCCUCCGCCUCCUCUUCACCCUUCUCGUUGCCGUCGCCGUCGCGGCGUCUCACCCGGCACAUGAGUUCUGCGCGGCCGCGGGAGGAGGCGCCGGCGGCUGCGGAGGAGGAGGGGACGGCACGAGGAUCCUGAUCAAGGGCGGGACGGUGGUGAACGCGCACCGGGCGGAGGAGGCCGACGUCUACAUCGAGGACGGCGUCGUCGUCGCCGUCCGGCCGAACAUCCCGGUUGGUGACGAUAAUGUCAGAGUGAUCGAUGCAACCGGAAAAUACGUCAUGCCAGGUGGAAUUGACCCGCACACCCACCUGGAGAUGGAGUUCAUGGGAACUGUAACCAUAGAUGACUUCUAUAGUGGUCAUGCCGCAGCACUGGCUGGUGGGACAACAAUGCACAUCGACUUUGUCAUUCCAGUGAAUGGGAACUUGACUGCGGGCUUGGAAUCCUACAAACACAAAGCAGAAAAGGCUGCUAUUGAUUAUGGAUUCCACAUGGCCAUUACCAAGUGGAAUGAUGAGGUUUCGAGGGAAAUGGAAGUGAUGGUCAAGGAACAUGGUGGGUGCAUACUCUCUUCUGCAUUCUUGGAUUAUUCUGUUACAUAUCGUGACAUGACGAAGAUCCUCUGUGCCAAAUUUUCAGGGAUCAAUUCUUUCAAGUUCUUCAUGGCAUAUAAAGGUUCCUUGAUGGUGACGGACGACCUCCUCCUUCAAGGCUUGCAGAAAUGCAAGUCUCUUGGUGCACUGGCUAUGGUUCAUGCAGAGAACGGGGAUGCUGUUGCUGAGGGACAGCAGCGGAUGAUUGACCUUGGGAUAACUGGUCCAGAAGGGCAUGCUCUCUCAAGACCUCCAGUUUUGGAAGGCGAAGCAACUUCACGGGCAAUUCGAUUAGCAAAAUUCGUCAAUACACCGCUGUAUGUUGUUCAUGUGAUGAGCACUGAUGCAAUGGAGGAGAUUGCCAAGGCUAAAAGAGAAGGGCAGAGAGUCAUCGGGGAACCUGUGGUAUCUGGGCUAGUCCUUGAUGAUUCUUGGCUUUGGGAUCCUGACUUUGCAACUGCUUCAAAGUAUGUGAUGAGUCCUCCAAUCCGGGAAGCAGGGCAUAAUAAAUUACUUCAAGCUGCUCUUUCAUCAGGAAUAUUACAGCUUGUGGGAACUGAUCAUUGCACCUUCAAUUCCACUCAGAAAGCUUUCGGUGCUUAUGAUUUCAGGAAGAUUCCCAAUGGCGUAAAUGGAAUUGAAGAACGGAUGCAUAUAAUUUGGGAUAGCAUGGUGGAGACCGGCAAGAUCACUGUCACCGAUUAUGUGAGAGUGACAAGCACAGAAUGUGCCAAGAUCUUCAACAUAUACCCGCGAAAAGGAGCAAUCCUUGAGGGAUCUGAUGCAGACAUCAUCAUCCUAAACCCCAAGAGGAGCUUCGCAAUGGGCGCGCGCACGCACCAUUCGAGGUCCGACACAAGCGUGUACGAGGGCAGAAAAGGAAAGGGAAUGGUAGAGGUGACCAUCUCAAGAGGGCGAGUGGUGUGGGAGGAUGGCAAUCUGAACGCCGUGCCCGGUGCAGGAAGAUACGUCAGGACGCCGCCUUUCGGCUACCUCUUCGACGGCCUUGACAAGUCGGAUGCCGUCUACAGGGCUUCCCUCCGAGCACCUGUAAGACGUGGUGAGGCUGCUGCUGCUUAACUGCGUGUUCCACGGCUGGUCUCAUGGCACCCCUGACUCUAUCACUAUCCUAUCUGGUUCAAGAACAAAUUGCACCUAAAGGUGAACGCCGUCUGCUCCAUGUGUAGCUUCCUUGUACAUACAAUCUGCCUCGUUUAUAUCCAGAUUCGGGUAUAGAUGAAAUUGUAAAAUUAAUUAUCCAUACAAGUAUUUUCUUGCAAACAUACAAAUCACAUUUCUGAUUGGGGAAAUUGCAAAUUCACUCAAGCUUUGCCA